AUGUAUUAAGCUUACUUUCUUGGACAUAUGAAUGCAUUAAAAGCAAUUAAGGGUAGAAAGAAUCAAAAUAUGUAAGAAUCAAAAGUUUUAGUCAAAUUAUGUAAUCAAUUAUAUUUAUUGAAGCAUAAUCUAUGAAACUGUAUAAAUAAAGAGUAAAUCAUUUUGAACAAAUAUAAUAUAAACAAUAAUUGGCAAUUUCAAACUAAAAAAUAAAACAAACAAUCGAGAAAAUUCAUUAAAGUAGUCCAUCAAUUGAUAAGACGAGUAUUUCUUUACCAAAAUUAAAGAAAAGAAAUUAGGAAGGGGAAGAUAUAAAAAAAGAGAAUGCCAGAAUCAAAUUAAAACUUGAAGGUUUAAAGGGAAGUAUCAGUAAUAGAUAGUCCAAAUAUGAAAAACCAAAACGUUAUGAAGAAGUGUUAUAAGAAUAUUUUAAAUAAAAAUUAUAACAAUAAUGA